GACUUCCUGCUGUGCAAGCACGCGGUGUCUGUGCGUGGGGCUGUGAGCGUGUCGGGCUCCGCUGUGGCGCUUGUGCGAAGUGACUUUGCGUCGACGGGGGACUACGCGGUGGCGUUUUAUUCGACGGUGAGCCUGGAUGGCGGGUCAAUGCUUCUGGCGAAGGGCAACGUGCACGACGGUGUCUCGAGGGAGAUGCUCUACGCCGCUGGCGCUGUGACCGCUGCUGGGAGCACGCUGAGCUUUGUGCGCAACCGAGCGCUGCUGCCGCGGAUGCUGUCGGUGAGCCUGUCGCUUGCGGUUGGGGCGCAUUUGAGGGUGGCGUGCAACGACGCUGGUGGCCGUGUCCUGUCGACGGCGGAGGAGUACGCAGCAGCUGGUUUUGGCGACGCUGGGAGCAUCGACGUUGUUGGGUGCGACGCCUGCGGCAGGGACACGCACUGCUACGCGCCCGGGACGGCGGCGGCGAGCAUGAAGAACGGUGUGUGCGUGUGCGUGUGCGGCAGCGGCGGGUACGGCGAGGCGUGCGUGCCUGUGGGAGCUCCUGCGCUGCCGCCUGCUGUGGGCACUGCGUCGAGCGUGUUCUUCCGCGAGAGCGUGACGGUGCGGUCUGUGUUCGUUGUGCCUGCCGGCGCGAGCGAGGUGACGCUGCGCCACGUUGUGCUGGACGGCGUGAGUCCGGUGCUCUACGUGCCGUGGAUGGCGCGGGACGGCGUGCAGAUUGUUGUGCAGAACGUGUCGCUGCUGAACGGCGCCGUGCUGUACGUGAUGGGCGGUGGAGCGUUGCGCGGUGCGGUGGCGGCGGGGAGCGACGAGAGUGGGCCGGUGGAGCUGUCGGUGUGCGAUGUGGAGGCGCUGAACGGUGCGCUUGUGCUGACCGGCACGUUCCCCGCGGGGUCUUUGCUGACGGUGACGGGCUCCCUGCUGGUUGCCGCGAGGUCGACGCCGCUCGUGUAUCUUUCCGGCUCGCAGUCCUCGCCGUACGCACCGGUGCUGGUGCUGUCGGGCCUGCGGCUCGUGCGGUCUGUGCUGGUUGUGUCCGGCGUUGCCCUCGUGACUGUGAUGACUGGUGGGCGGACGGUGGUGGUGGACGGCGCGGUGCUGGAGGUUGUCGGUGGCGGUGUUGCGCUGGAUGCGGCUGUGUUCGGAGGCGACGUUGCAUUGUACGCGAGUGCGCGCGUGGUUGCGUCGGGGGGCGCUGUGCUGCGCGUGUCUGGGAGCCAGGUGUACGCUGCGCAUGGGUUGGUGUUCGACAACGGGGUGAUGGCCAACGCGUCCGCCGUCGUAGUGAACGACAACGCCGGUGCGCUGACCGAUGGCGCGCUGCUGGUGCUGC